CCGGUAAACCUCAUAUUGGUGAUACCCCUGGCUUUUCUUCUUCGCCCGGGCAUGUCAUACAGUUUCUGCAGUUAAACCCUAAGAUCAAAAAUUCACUCUCCGGCUCUCAGGAAAGAAUAAAGAAGAAAGGAAAGAUGAGCGAUGUCCCAAAGGAGGCAAUUGAGGUCGUUGCACAGAGCAUUGGAAUUACCAAUUUGUCCCCCGAUGUUGCCCUCGCUCUCGCUCCCGACGUCGAGUACCGUGUUCGAGAGAUCAUGCAGGAGGCGAUUAAAUGCAUGCGCCACUCAAAGCGGACUAGUCUGACGUCUGAUGAUGUGGAUAGUGCACUUAAGUUAAGAAAUGUGGAGCCAAUAUAUGGCUUUACACCUGGAGAUCCCCUGAGGUUCAAAAGGGCUGUUGGACACAAGGAUUUAUUCUAUAUUGAUGACAAGGAUGUGGAAUUUAAAGAUGUUAUUGAAGCGCCUUUACCAAAAGCACCACUUGAUACGUCAGUUACUGUUCACUGGCUGGCAAUUGAAGGUGUUCAACCUGCAAUUCCAGAAAAUGCUCCAGUUGAAGCACUUGCGGCAACUUCUGAUGGAAAGAAAUCUGAGUACACAGAAGAUAGACUUCCCAUUGACAUUAAACUACCUGUUAAGCAUGUUCUAUCAAGGGAGCUUCAGCUGUACUUUGAAAAAAUCACAGAACUGACUGUGAAUAAGUCUGGCUCUGUCCUCUUCAAACAAGCAUUGUUGAGCUUGGCAACAGAUGCAGGACUGCAUCCUUUACUUCCGUACUUCACAUACUUCAUUGCUGAUGAGGUUACACGUAAUUUGAACAAUUAUUCUGUCCUGUUUGCUUUGAUGCGUGUUGUUCGAAGCCUUCUUCGAAAUCCACACAUUCAUAUAGAACCUUAUCUACACCAAUUGAUGCCAUCUGUUAUUACAUGCCUUGUUGCGAAAAGAUUAGGGAAUAGGUCUUCUGACAAUCAUUGGGAGCUUAGGGACUUUACAGCAAACCUGGUUGCUUCAAUAUGCCAAAGAUUUGGGCAUGUUUAUCACAACCUUCAGCCACGUGUCACAAGGACUCUGCUCCAUGCUUUCUUGGACCCAAACAAAGCAUUGCCUCAACACUUUGGUGCAAUUCAAGGGCUAGCAGCCCUUGGACCCAGCGUGGUUCGUAUGCUUAUAUUACCAAAUCUUGAGCCAUAUUUGCAACUUCUGGUUCCAGAAAUGCUGCUUGAGAAGCAAAAGAAUGAGAUAAAGAGGCGUGAAGCUUGGCGUGUUUAUGGUGCCUUGCUGUGUGCGGCUGGCCAAUGCAUGUAUGAUCGGCUCAAGAUGUUUCGCACUCUUCUUUUACCACCAACUCGUGCAGUCUGGAAGAUCAAUGGAAAAGUUGUGACUACAAUGCGAAAUAAACGCAAGGCUAGCACGGACAACUUAAUGCAGCAACAACCGCUCAAGAAAAUAGCAACUGACAGCACAAUGGGUGUAGUACCAAUGAACUCCAUGCAAGGGACAACAGGUGGGUAUUCCACUGCUGUAGGAGGUUCCAGCACUGGUUUGUCAUCAAUGUCUCGGCAGUUACCAGCUGAAAACAUUUCUGGAAGGGAGAUUGGUGGUAGAGCGGUAAAAGUUUCUACCGUUCUCUCUCAAGCUUGGAAGGAGGACAUGGAUGCAGGACAUUUGUUGGGAUCUUUGUUUGAAUUUUUUGGUGAAAGUCUGUUUUCUUUUACCCCAAAACCCGAGCUUGCCUUCUUCUUGUGAUGAAUGCAUAAUCUACUUGUUCUCAAGAAUGUGUAAAUUUACACGAGGGCAUUGAUGCCAAGCAAAUAUGAAAGUCAUCUGCUAGUAAAUGACAUGUAGGUCCAAUAUAGGAAGUUGUAUGCAAUUUAGUUGUAAUUCUUAUGUAAGAAAAUUUGCCUACAAAUGUGAUUCUUUACAUUUAUCUUACGAGCAAGCCAAGAGGGGGUUCUUUGCA